ACGAACAUACGGAAAAUGGCUUUUUUUGAUGGUAGUCUGCUUCACUGUUUUCCUCAUGUUUCAAUACACCUCACAGGAUAUUGAGCACCUAGACACGCUACAGACAGAUAACACAUUACCCAGAUUACAACCAUUUAAAACAGAAGCUUCACAAGUCAGUGUUAUGGACUCGUGUAUGGAGAUAAAACUUGAUAAUAAUAAUAAAGCAGACAUUCAGAUUUCCUCCUUGGUAGAAGAGUUAGAUUUUCACCUUGACCACGGAGGGCACAACCAGACCUCAUUUCCAGACUUGCAGCCUUUACCAAACUCACAAAAUUUGAGAGUAUUUCUUAUUCCGCAUUCGCACUGCGACCCAGGCUGGCUGGAAACUUAUACUAAAUACUACGAGAAUAAAGUGCGAUAUAUAUUGUCUUGGCUGUACAUAUUUGCUAUGGAGCAUUCUGACUUCAAGUUCAUUUAUGCAGAGGUGUCGUUCUUCAAGUUGUGGUGGGAGGAGCAGGAUGUGGACGUUAAACUGGACAUGAGAAGGUUAGCACAGGAGGGUAGGUUUGAGUUUGUACAAGGAGGAUGGGUGCAGAAUGACGAAGCUAAUACGCAUUACUUUGCUAUUUUCAAUCAAAUGUUGGACGGUCACGACUGGUUAAAGAAGAACAUACCAGAGGCGAUGCCAAAGUCGGGUUGGGCCAUUGAUCCGUUUGGUUUGUCUCCUACAAUGGGCUAUGUUAACAAACUGUUCGGACUUACUGGAAUGCACAUCCAGAGGGUGCACUAUGCUGUUAAGAACCAUCUGGCACAAACUAAGAAUUUAGAUUUCAGAUGGAGGCAAUCCUGGGAUUCUGAGGGAGUGACAGAUAUGCUGACUCACCUGGGCCCUUUCGUGUCGUACGGACAACAACACUCCUGCGGGCCAGACCCUGACGUUUGCUGCAUGUUUAACUUUAUGGAUAUGAGGAACGGGGGAUUCAGGGAAUGUUUUAAGAGCGGCAGUUUACUGGUCCCUACUACAGAGGAGAACGUUGUAGAGAGGUCACUGAAGAUAUUGGAGCAGUGGAGACUAAAAGCUGCCCUUCACUCUACGAACGCGGUGUUUAUUGAAUUGGGGAACGAUUUUACUUACUCACUAAAGGAAGACGCACACUUGAUGUACGACAACUACAAGCCGAUAAUGAACUACAUAAACAGUCAGCCUGAUUUGAACAGCAAGGUAAGCUGGGGUGUGCUGAGUGAGUAUUUUGAACACGUGAGAGAACACGGUACACAGAAACUAGCUGCACUGUCUGGCGACUUCUUCACAUACUCCGACAGACAAGCAGACUACUGGAGUGGUUAUUACACUUCACGACCCUUUUACAAAAACUUGGACCGAGUGUUGGAGUCAGCCCUGAGGAGGACGGAGAUACUGUUUUCCUUUUACCGCUCAGAUCUGAGAAAAGGAGCGUUUGUGAUGGCUAGAAACACGUUGUCCUUGUUCCAACACCACGAUGGUAUUACUGGCACUGCCAAGACGCACGUUGUCAAUGACUACGGGGCAAGAUAA